AUGAGAUUCUUGACAAGGUGUAUAAACAGGUUGGAACUCGUUAUGAACAAUGGGGAGGAUACAAGGAAGUCGGUUGUUAAGUUAAACAGUAAAUCAGAUAAUGUGCAGUUACAGGGGAUUGGUGCGGCUUUCAACGAGAUGAGGCUCUGGCAGCAUAUUGGGCUGGACAAUCGAAGAAUAUUAUGGAGUAAUCAGUCUCCCGAAUUCCGAUAG